GGACUAUAAGAUUUUUCCUCAUCUCCAAAGGAAUAAUACAAUAUUGAUCUAUUUCAUGCAUAUCAUUGUUAUGCCGAUUGGAUUAGGCCAUGAUACGCAUUAGCGUCACCACUGUUUGGUUCAAAUAAGAAAUGCUAUGUAUAAUAAAUAUUUAUUUUAUGCCAUCACGAUCAGUUCAUGCUGUAUGAUGAGUGGGACAAGCUCUUGGAGACUAGGUUUGUGAAGAAAGAUGAUCUCAUCACAUCUGGUGAAACUAUCACAUUUGGUUCUUACCUUGUUGAUCUUGGUGAGCUAUGUCAAGGCCAUCGACCUACAUCUAUUUUGAAAUCUCAAGAUCAGGGUGGGAAAUUUGGAGAAACAUCCAGUUCAUGUUACUACAACUCCCAAAAUAGGAAGCCUAUGGUUGGGAAAAGAAAAGGACGAGUCAUUAACAUAAGCCCAUCUCAGAAAAUGAUCAGAGAGUUCAAGAAAAGUGAGGUGAAUAAGUUUGGUUCCUCUCCAAAUUGUAUGGAUAUGACAACACUCACCACAAAAGAAUGGCAGGUCUUGUACACGUCACAAAUAACACAAAAGGCAAAGAAAUAUCAUGAUGGCUUUCUACAGCUUAUAAUUCGUGGAUCACAAGGAAGACAGGUUAAGCUCUACGAUACAAACAGGAGACACUUAGAUGGCAGGUUUCUGAAAAAGGAUGAAAAAAUUUGCUCCGGUGAAUCACUAGUUUUGGAUGGUCAUUGAGUAGAUAUUGGAGAGCAGGAAGAAGAUCACAAGCAUCCAACUGACUUAAACAUUCACGUAAAAAGCUGUGAAAUAGCUGGAAAAAGUGAUUUCGUUGAUUGCCAUACCAAAAUCCUGACUAUUAAAACUUUUCCUGGUGGUAUUUACCCUCUUUCCAUGUUAUAACCCUGCUUUUGGGUAAAGUAGAAUGUUGUAUCACUUCUGGUUGAAUCUUCAUGUUCUCUUAUUACUUAGUUGUUCAUAUUAGAGCUUGGCUCAUUUCAA